GCUACUCGCUUCCUACGACCUCGCAGGAGACGGGGACAAGCGCCGGACGGGGGAGCAGCAGCGCCCGGCAUGAAACUGGAGGUGUUCGCCCCGCGCGCGGCGCACGGGGACAAGACGGGCAGCGACCCGGAGGGGGCCGGCGGCAGCGACGCGCCAUCUCCGCUGUCGGCGGCCGGCGACGACUCCUUAGGUUCGGACGGGGACUGCGCGGCCAACAGCCCGGUGGCGGGCGGCGGCGGCGGCGCCGGGGAUCCGGAAGGUGGCGGAGGCGGGAGGAACUCGAGCGGCGGCGGGUCGGGCGCCCAGGACGGCGCCGAGGCUGCCGAGAGCCGGGCGCAGGGCCCCGGGGCCGGGUCGUGCGCGGGCGGCGGCGAGGGCGCGCGCAGCAAGCCGUACACGCGGCGCCCCAAGCCCCCGUACUCCUACAUUGCGCUCAUCGCCAUGGCGAUCCGCGACUCCGCGGGCGGGCGCCUGACCCUGGCCGAGAUCAACGAGUACCUCAUGGGCAAGUUCCCGUUCUUCCGCGGCAGCUACACGGGCUGGCGCAACUCGGUGCGCCACAACCUCUCGCUCAACGACUGCUUCGUCAAGGUGCUGCGCGACCCCUCGCGGCCCUGGGGCAAGGACAACUACUGGAUGCUCAACCCCAACAGCGAGUACACCUUCGCCGACGGGGUCUUCCGCCGCCGCCGCAAGCGCCUCAGCCACCGGACGGCGGUCCCCGGCUCGGGGCUGCGGCUGGAGGAAGCCUCCCCGGGGCCCGCGGGGACCCCGCAGCCCGCGCCGCCCUCCGGCCGCUCCUCCCCGCUCGCGCGCUCGCCCGCCCGCCAGGAGGAGCGCUCCAGCCCGGCGAGCAAGUUCUCCAGCUCCUUCGCCAUCGACAGCAUCCUCAGCAAGCCGUUCCGCAGCCGCCGCCGCGACGGCGACGCGGCCCCGGGGCCGCCGCUGCCCUGGGGGGCGGCGCCCUGCCCGCCGCUGCGCGCCUACCCCGCGCUCCUGCCCGCCGCUCCCGGCGGCGCCCUGCUGCCGCUCUGCGCCUACGGAGCGGGCGAGCCCGCGCUGCUGGCGUCGCGCGGGACCGAGGGCCCCUCCGCCGCCGCGCCCCUGCUGCUGGCGCCCCUCUCCGCGCCGGCGGCCCCGGCCAAGCCGUUCCGAGCGCCGGAGACGGGCGGCGCGGCGCACCUGUACUGCCCCCUGCGGCUGCCCGCGGCCCUGCAGGCGGCUUCGGCCUGCGCUCCCGGCCCGCACCUGUCCUACCCCGUGGAGACGCUGCUAGCUUGAAGCGGAGCCUCGAGCUCCGCAGAGGGCCCGGGUUAGAUAGAGUUGGUUGAGAAGGUUGAAAUGCAGGCUCCAGGGCUGUGCACUUUCCACUUUCCUGAGGAAUAGAGUUUUUAUUUUAUUUUUAUUUUUUACUCUCCAUCAGACGUGCCUUAAAGUUAAGCAUUUUGACCCAAGUGUUUUAACUUAGUCCAGAAUAGUUUCCUUUGUCUUUUGUAACUUUACAGAGGAUCAAAGCCGUUCUUUCCUAUUUCUUGGCCAGGCCUGUUACUCUCCUGCAUAGAGGCUUUCCUCUCCCUCCUGCUCCUACUGUUUUUUUGUUGCACCUUCCACUGAUUUGUCUUCCCCACCCAUUAAAAAAAAAGGAAAAGAAAAGUACAUCAGGGAACCACUCCAUGGGAUAAAUGAUGACUACUGUUUGGGGUUUUGAGACCCCGCUGGGUGUGCGUGUGUGGCGUUCACUGGCGUGGCUGAGUGUGAGAGAGCUGUCAGUCUUCGGUCAUUUUCUCUGCUAUCAACCAAUGCUUCACUGUGCCAAAAAAAAGGGGGAAAUGUUGUUGGGUUUUGUAAUUAAAUUAUUUAUAUAUUUUUGAAACCUGAAUUGAAAUGUUGCAGGCAACGGCUACAGCUUUAUUAGUGGUUACCUAACUGUGGUCUUCUUGGGCCAAGCAAUUUCUUUAAAGGAGAAGUUAACAUUAUGUUUGUGGGGUGCCAGGGCCACCACCACGUGAAACCAAGUGUGAUUUUUAUUAUAAUAUUAUUUGUGUCUAUGUAUAUAUUCGUGUAUAAAUUUUAUGAAGCCCAGGCAUACUGCUUGUUUUUUUGUUUUUUUUAAAUAAAACUCACAUUUGAUCUGCAAAA